CUGCCACUUUGAGGCAGCCCCCACAGUUCUGGCCUUCGGGCCAUAGGUGUCAGGCGUGCGUCUUCUGGCCCAUCAAUACAGAUUACAUAUUUAUAUCAAUCGCGGGCUCCGAGGGCGCCCUCAGAGAGCGGCCCCGCGCCUACGAAACCAAACUGGGAGUGGUCGCGUGCAAACUCUGGCUCGGGAUUGGCUGCGGGCGCCCGCCGCGGUGCGGGGGGAUUGCUAAUCGUAUUCAGCAUGUUUUGCACAAGAAAUGUCAGCCAGAAAGGGCUAUCUGCUCCCUUCGCCAAAUUAUCCCACAACAAUGUCAUGCUCGGAGAGCCCUGCCGCGAACUCUUUUUUGGUCGACUCGCUCAUCAGCUCGGCCAGAGGCGAGGCGGGUGGCGGUGGCGGUAGCGUUGGGGGCGGCGGAGGCGGCUACUACGCCCACAGCGGGGUUUACCUGCCGCCGGCCAGCGACCUGCCUUACGGGCUGCAAAGCUGCGGGCUUUUCCCCGCGCUAGGCAGCAAGCGCAAUGAAGCGCCAUCGCCCGGAGGAGGUGGUGGUGGUGGCAGCGGGGGCCUGGGUCCCGGGACGCAUGGCUACGCGCCCGCGCCCCUAGACCUGUGGCUGGACGCGCCCCGCUCCUGCCGGAUGGAACCUCCCGACGGGCCGCCGCCGCCACCCCAGCCCCAGCCCCAGCAGCAGCCGCCGCCCCCGCCGCAGCCACCCCAGCCCCCGCCGCAGGCCACUUCGUGUUCUUUUGCGCAGAACAUCAAAGAAGAGAGCUCCUACUGCCUCUACGAUUCUGCGGACAAAUGCCCCAAAGGCUCGGGCACCGCGGACCUGGCCCCUUUCCCGCGGGGCCCGCCGUCCGACGGCUGCACCCUGGGCGUCUCCAGCGGAGUGCCAGUGCCGGGCUACUUCCGUCUGUCCCAGGCCUACGGCACGGCCAAGGGCUUCGGCGGCGGCGGCGGUGGCACGCAGCAGCUCGCCAGUCCCUUCCCUGCGCAGCCCCCGGGGCGCGGCUUCGACCCUCCGCCCGCACUGGCCUCGAGCUCGGCCGAGGCAGCCGGGAAGGAGCGAGCCCUAGACUCCACGCCGCCACCCACGCUGGUUUGCGCCGGUGGCGGCGGUGGUGGCAGCGGCUCGCAGGGCGACGAGGAGGCGCACGCGUCAUCCUCGGCGGCUGAGGAGCUGUCCCCGGCCCCUUCUGAAAACAGUAAAGCGUCGCCGGAGAAGGACUCCCUGGGCAAUUCCAAAGGCGAAAAUGCAGCCAACUGGCUCACGGCGAAGAGCGGCCGGAAGAAACGCUGCCCCUACACGAAGCACCAGACGCUGGAACUAGAGAAGGAGUUUCUAUUCAACAUGUACCUUACUCGAGAGCGGCGCCUAGAGAUCAGCCGUAGCGUCCACCUCACGGACAGACAAGUGAAAAUCUGGUUUCAGAAUCGCAGGAUGAAACUGAAGAAAAUGAACCGAGAAAACCGAAUCCGGGAGCUCACAGCCAACUUUAAUUUUUCCUGAUGAAACUCCCAGGCAACGCCGCGUUUUCGCUUCCAGAGCGCCUGCACCCCUCCUUCUGCCUCUAGCCUCUGCCCCAGAACUCGCACCUGUGCCGGAGCCCCAUUACUCUCUUCC